AUGAAUGAAGAGUUGGCCUCAAUGGGAGCUGUUGACAAUCGGGCUUCGGCGCGACUUGAUCUAGGCUGGGGAGGGAACUUGCUUCGGCUGCAGUUGGACCUCCUGAGACAUGGGACCAGAACGCGGAGGGAGGGAGGACAGGAGGCCUCUCAGGGCCCAGCAGCGACGCUGAAAAGCAUGAAGGCGCCGGGAUUAGAGGCGCCGCCCUGCCCCGCCCUCACACCCCGAAAUGUGCCCGCCCUGCGCCCUGGGCGCACCGCUAAUCCGCCGCCCUGCGCUCGCUGGGCCCGAACCAUAUCAGCUGGCAUGUGGCGUGUGGCGGCCGGGAGCACACAUGGGCUCUGUGUUCCCAAAAAGGGGAUAGGCAGGGAGGCCUGGAGUCCCGGGGCUGACCCAGCGGAAUGCCAAGCCUGCUCCCACCUCCUCUCCCCACCACCUACCACCCCGGGAUGGGCGACCCUGGGUCCCCGCAAAGAGAGUCCCGGGCGGGAGGUGGAGGAAGUGGACAAAAGGAAGACCCGGCCGGAGCUGCGAGGGCGCCGCCAGGAGAUUUCUAACGGUUGGUGCUUCUGGAAACUGCCUAGGGUCUCACCUCCGGCUAUUUCCGAGUCUCAGGACUCUGGAGUGGGGCUGUUGAGUGGAACCAAGGUCGUCCCCAGGACUGUCGUCCCCAGCGAUGCGUUGGGUCGCACGCUCGUCCAGGUGCCCCACUUUGGAGUUCUCUAUUUCGGGGAAAUAAGCUGCGCGCCCCGAGAAGGCCCAGUUCCUUCUGCCCCGAUGUGGUCAGGACCUGCAGGGCACGUGUCGCCUCACCCACCCCUGAUCCAGUGUGCUCGGGCCCCACCGGUGCGGGGACACUGGGCCAUCGUCGUCUGGAUCCAGGCGUGCUUCCAGAUGGGCGCGCCUUCCUCCUGGGCGCGGGUCUCAGCCAGCACUCAGGGUCCUCAUCAAGGGACGCUAAUUCGCUGUGGGCACCGGCUCAUAGGAGGACGCGCCGGAGGAGAGUUCCGGCCUCCGAGUUUGCGUGUUGGCCUGCCUGGCUCGCUCCACUGGCGUUCCGCGGAACCAAAGGCGCACGAUGGCCAGGCCCCGCGGCCCUGCCUUACCGCGCCACCGAGGACUGACGCAGCUUUCCCCUCCGUGCCCUGGAGCGGGCUCUUUUCCGAGGAGCUCGGGGCUGGGGUCCGCCUGGGGGCGCCAGCCGACGUUAGGAAAGAAUACUUUGGAAGCUUUCCCACCGUCGACAGCAGAGCCUGGGCCCACGGACUUCGGAGUCAGUUCUCGCCGCCCAGGCCGCCCUGCUUGCUGCAGGCCCGAGGUCGCCCGGCGCGCGGGACUGGCGGAGGGAGGAGGGAAGGGCGCUUCAGCUCCGCGCCACCUCCCUUCUCGGGGUGCCAAGGCUCGGGAGGCGGGUGGCUGGGCCUGGAGGCCAUUUUGAGAGGGCUGCGGCGUAGCGGCAAGAUGGCUGCGUGGGGCCGAGGUAGGUCCCGGCGCAGCAAGGCCCCGCCACGCGGCCCACGGGAGCCGAACGCGCCUCGGGACGCUCGGUCUGGCAUGGUCUCGGUUGCCACUCGUCCCAGGCAGGCUCUUGCCCGCAUUCGGGACCCUCCGUCGCGGCGUUCCUGGCCGCCGUUGCGUCGCCAGUUCUGGGGAGAAAGGGGAGUGUGUCCCGAGCGGUCCCACUCGGGCGCCCGCACCCGACCAGGGAAGAGACGGUCUUCCCCGCGGCCCGGGGGACUGGCCAGGAGCCCCGGCGGGCCGGCCCAACACCUGGAGACUCCGAAUAGGGGGUGCAAGACCCUGGCCACCUCAGACUCUCCUCCGGAAUCAGAGGCAGGAAAAGGAAAAGCAGGAGAUACUGGGGACAGGAACUGGAAGAAGGGUCCGGGCCUGGUCCGGGCCACGUGCUGUGUGCAUGCAUUCCCAACUCUUUCGAGCCGCUGCCCCAGCCUCUGCAGCAUGUAUGCCACUGGAAAGCGGUUGAAUAGCGGCCGCCUGACGCGACGUGCAGAGAAUCCGGCCAGCCCUGCGCAGCGACGGCGGCGGGUCGGCCCGGGCUGGGGUGAGGGUGGGGGUGAGGGUGGGCUGGGGGAGGGGCGCAGGGCUCUGGCCUACACCUGGGGCUGGACAUCCAGCGACCUCGUCCGCACCUCUACCCUCCGAGGGGACACAGGGACCCCAGGACCCUCGAGCCCAAGGCAGUUUGAGGCUCCCGGGCGUCCAGGGGACACGUGGAGAUGCCCGCCUCACUCCGGGUGCCGAGGGCCCGCGCGCCUCUUCCCGGGGCCAGAAGGUGGACAUGCGAGCCCGUCCCAGCUCAGACGGGCUCCCUCGCCACCUUCCGGACAAAGUGUCAAGUACAAGUUCAAGUUCAGGGCCAGGCCCAGGGAGCGGGGGCGCCGCGCCUUCCCCGCCGCCUUUGUUCUCGGCGAUAAUCGCUCCCACGUCCCCUCCCCGGCGGGGGCUGGGCAAACGCCCCCGCCCCGCCCAGUCCCGCCGAGCCCCGCCGAGCCUCCUCCUCCCGCCCGCGCGGCGCCUGUCCCUUGGUCCCUGCGCCCCCACACGGGGCCACCAAAGGGCCUGGGGGCUUGGGUUGGGGGGAGGCGCGCUCUGAGUCCAUGGGAGCCUCCCCGGCCCCACAGUCCCAGCGGCAAGCGCGCUUGGUCGGACGGUCGUCGGCGCUCAGACUCGGACUAG